UGCUCCGAGUUAUACUGCGGGGGUGGUUUUGUUUGCGCAAUCAUUGAAAAUAUAAUAUUAUUCAUGAACGGGAACUGCCGUGACAGACGAAAUCAACCACCUGUAAACGCUAUUAAAUUUUGGCGUUUAGCCAAACGGAAAAAGGAAAUAUACCAAAACUUUGGGGUCGAGGUGCUAACGAAGUAGUACGGGAAUCUUGGCCCGAGGUGCCUUUGGGGAAAUUCGGUUUCACACCCCAAAACUUGUCCGGGGGUUGUAAACGCUCUAGAUUUCGUGGUACCCGAUGUAGAGUCCCACCAACUGAUUAAAUUAUCUCACGUAUGAGAAUACCAAGUUUAUGGCCGACGAAUAUUAUCGACCUACCGAAUUCCAGAGGAGAAUAAGAACGAGAGAAAAAAUUAAGCCGCGGACGACGACCAUUAAAUUUUUGAUUCCUCGACGCGGACGGAUUUGCAGAUCGAAAAAGAAAAAAAAAAGUGGCCAAAUUUAUAACUCGAUUCGAGGUUCGACGACUGUCUCGAGGGAGCAUUAUUUCGCUGCAGUGGGGCAUUAAUCUUUAAUCAAUUCAGCGUUUCAGAGCUUUAAUUUAAUUCAAAAGCCCUUUAAUCAUGAAAAUUCUGCAUUACGUUGGGCAUAAUUUUCAUACCCUGAUACCGAGCACAUUAAUUAUACCGUAUAUAACUCUCCCACGUUGGUUAUUGCGAUCAACGAUCAUAUUUGUAUGAGAAAAGGUACGCGCAUAUUAGAUGAAAACUUUUGACUCACGACGAAUACGUGAACUCCGACGUACAUGCAAAAUUGAUAUAACCGUGCCGUUUGAUGAACAUAUUGAAAUAUACAUCAAGCUUUUUCACUUAAACUCUAGCGUUCUGCAGUUAAAUAUUUUAAUGAACGUGAUGUCACCUUACCCCGUUCGCAGUGACCCGUGCAUCCGGAUGGGAAUAAUAAUUGUCCCAGCCAAAUAAUUUAGCGUAUAACAUACAACUGGGAUAGCAGAAUCUAUUUAACUUAGUUAUUCCAAUUAACGAGGUGUCUACGGAUACAGCGAAUCUACGGAUAAAUAACGUAAUUUCCAGCUUUUGCGGAAGUAGAUUUCCAGCGAAACGGCUGAAAGGCCUUAUAAAUACGACGUUGAUACACCAGCCCUUUGAUUACCGAAUUAUUCGAUCCAUUCAGACGAUGAACUAAUACCGAAAUUGGCCAAUCACGCUGCUCCGUAUCAAGUCUCAGAAUAAUAUCGCUCCAAGAGAAGGAAGAAUUAACCCGAAUCGGAAAGUUCAAAAAAUCAUCGGAGUUAUCGCAAAAAUCAAUCAGCGAUUAUUCGAUUCACGAACUCGUUCCAUUCGGUGUAAAAAUUAGCGAAGCACUACGGGGAAACUGUGAAAAGCCGCGUCAGCUGGCGCCCUUUACAUUUGAUGAACUCGAAGCACGUGUUGAAUUUAAUUAUUGAUGACUGGAUUUCCGUGAGAAGAAACACGGUAUGAAGUACCUAAAGGUCGCUCUUUUCAUGUUCAACCUUUUGAUAUGGUUGGCCGGAUGCACCGUGCUGGUAAUGGGUGCCUGGCUCUUGCUGGAGCCGAGUAAAGGUCACCUUUUGAACCUUUUCGUCCCCAACGUAACCCCGCAAGAAACUAUCCACUUGAUCGCCUACAGUCUUCUGGGUCUCGGCAUCACCGUGUUGACUGUCGGAUUCUGCGGAUGUCGAGCUGCGUUUCACGAAAACCAAUGCGUAUUAGCGAUCUACAUGAGCAUGCUGAUCGCACUGAUAGUCACGGAAUUAGUGACCGCAGCCGCAGGUGGUCUGGUAACAUACCGCGUUUUGUCCGGCCUAGAAGCCAGGCUAAAAGAACGGCUCGGUGAUCACUACGGACACGAUCCUACGAGUGAUAUUCCCUUCAGUCGAAGCCUCGAUUUUGCUCAGUACAAGUUCAAUUGCUGUGGGAUCCACGGUGACGAGGACUACAACAAUACUGCCUGGUGGAGAGACGGCCGAAUAUCCGGUAGCAGACGGCAAGUUCCUCUUACAUGUUGCGUCCUCAAAAAUAUCGAGGCCGAAAAUGCCGGGAGCCCAAUCAGCGUAGUAUCCAGAGUAUUUCAUAGAAACGAUGAAGAGCCAUGGCUUCGUCCUCAGCCAAAAGACGAGGCUUCGUGUCAAAUUGAAGACGUGGAAGGUCACGAAGGAUACAGACACAAGGAGGGCUGUCUCGACAAACUAACGAGCUGGUUACAAACUGAAAGUUUUACUCUGGUGUUCCUCGGCAUGGCGAUGGCUGGUAUUCAGACGUUUGGGAUCAUCACGUCAGCCUUCCUCUGCCGCACCCUUCGAGACAUAGAGACGGAUUAAAUGUGACUUAUAAUACACCGAACGUUGCCUGGGAGUAGCACUGAAACGCACACGAAGUCAAACGGAAUCAGAUCAUCGUUCCAAUCAAUCGAUCCGACCGUACGUACGUUGGAGUCUUGCGUGAGAAAUUUCAUGAUUGGGAAGGGGUGGAUCGUCGCACCGUCGCGAGUCUUUCGUCUGAUUGUGACGUCGAUCGAACAACGAUCAUUUCGUCCCAGUCCGCGCGGUAUUGUCUAAUUGUAUAAGUUCGUUGACACGUAACAAUCCUAAGCACACAGAAUAUUUUUGCGAUAGGCUAACGCCUCAGAUCGCGCGAACCGAUGAACGUAUUGUAAUCCUAAUUGUAACGAACUUCGUGGUUUCCUUGUACAAGAACAUGAGAUAAUAAUAUUACAUUAGAAAGCAAAUCAGAAAAAUAAUAAGUCAUUCAAUGAAGUAGGACAGUAAAAGUAGCCGGUUGAAUCGAAGUAAAAAUUUAAAAGUCAUCAUUCGAACGAGAAUGCCGCGUGAAUUGUUUUCGUCGAUAUUGCAGUUGGGUAGUACGAUGAAUAUACGGAAUCGCAUUAACGCAAUGUGAAACAGAGAGAACAAAAAAAAUAAAAAAAAAAAAACGUUGAAAAAGUUGCGUCUGGGACUUUGAGAUCGAUUGAAUUGAAAAUUCACGUAUUUUCCUCCUGGAAUAAUAUUGUUCUUCGCGAAUUGAGUUGCCAAUUGCUGACUCAUUGAUAUAUAUAAAGAAUAUGAUUGGGAAUAUCGAUGUUUGCUGCAUGUAUUAUAAUACUGUAUGUUGAUAAUAUGUUAAUUCGCGUUUUGUGAUGUACAUUUAUAAGUAUGACACGUAAUAUUAUAAAUACGAUGCGGUGCAAAGUGAUAUACAUAUACCUGUGUAUGUGUACGUACGCUCCCGAAUUGAGCAAAUAUUUGUACGUAUGUACAUAUAAAUACAGUAUGUAUAUUAUAUGCGUUGAUUAGGGUAAAGAUAUUUUAUUUAAAAUAUAAAUAUAACAUUUGAUUGAAUUUACCAUGUAUUAUAUGUGGCCUUGUUGCACUUAAGGUUAAUCAAUAUUUAAAUCAUAUAUAUCUUAUCUUGCAAUCGACGCUUAUUAUAUAUCUUUAAAAAUAACAAUUCCAUAAUUUUAUUCUGUGAUGAUUUUUCCAUGAAAGUUGAAAAAAAAAGUAAAUUCCGAAUUACAAAAAACGAGGUCUAGUAACCAGACGCGGGUGACCCAUAUUCUUUUUCAUUCGAAUAGAAUGUGCUUCAAAAAUCAACUCGUUCGAAAAUUCUAAAUUUCAAUUAUUCAUUUCACCGAAGCUCAAUUUACCCGACGCUCUACACCCGUUAGUAGAUCGCAUCAAAGUCCAGAACAAAUAAUGAAACUGAAAUAAUGAAAAAUUUGUUAAAUUUUGAAGCACAUUCUAUAGAAUGUUCACUUUUGUGGACCACGUUCUCGCGGCGGUAGCCGCUAUUUUUUAUGGGUUACGCUUUUUUGGCUCCCAGCUCUCGAUACAAUGCCACUGGUAUUACCCCACUCGCUUGUUACAUGUUGAACUGUUUUACAUGGUGGCCGAUUUUUUUACCCGCUCUUCGGAAACGAUAUUCAUUCCAAUUACGUACGUGAUACGCGUGAGGCAUAAAAAGAUAACGAGGCCUGACGCGAACUAUUAGCCAAACGAAUGUUGAGGAUACACCGGCGAAUUAACUGGCUCUAUAAUAAUAAAAUAUUUAACCGUAGGUAUGUAAUGAAAUCGAGUGAAAGAAUUUCACGUGGUAUCGCUAUAUGACCUACCCCAUUCAUCAGAGUCAAUUAUGAAGCUUGAAAUAGACGCGAUUAUUCGAGCGUCAAGUGUGAGUUCAUUAAUUCAUCGUACGUAUAACUACUACUAUAUGAUAGAAGAAAAAAAAAAAGUUGUAAUUAUACUCGAGCGAGUAUAUGCAUAAAUUGUGUGAAUUUUUAAAUCUGAAUCACCGGAUUUUUGUGAAUAGUUUUUAUCGCGAUGCCAACGGUAUUGAUCAAUUCGAAUCACGUGGCGGUUGAAUCCGUACCGUAGAUUCGUUAUUAUAUAGAAAUAUUUACUGACGAGAUGUCUUCAGAUUUUAUCGCAUGUUAUAUUUUUUCCUUUCUUUUUUCAAUCAUUUUCUAUUAAUGUUAGUCACUUAACAUAUAAGAGCAGAAAAAAACUGUAUGUAUAGAGCGCAAAAGAAAAAUAUAAGCAGAAGGAGAAAAAUAUUCAGGUAUCUAAUCCGUAGAAACUAUACUUGAUAGAUAAUCAUAGACAUAUGAAUAUUAUGAUUAUUUAUGCAAUAAAACAACGUCACGAUGCAAAAUUAUAUAUUUUUUUGUUAACUAUAUAUAUCAUCGAAAGAAUAUACGAUACGAUAAUGUAAGACACGUGUCGCUAGAAAGAAGAAAAUGAAAUCUGUCCGCGUAAUGAAUUUAUGAGAUACAUAUACCUUGUGGUCAUAUUUGUUAAUUUUUCAAAUGCAAUUAAGAAGAAUUAAUGAUCAUUCCAUUGUUCCAUCGAAUUGGAAGGGGGCGUGUGUUUAACAUCUAUACGCUGUGCAUAUAGAUACCUACCGGUUAAUACAUAAAUGUCGCAAGCAAUAUGUAUUCGUAAAAUGAAAAUACAAAAUACUUCAAGUUCAAUAUAUGUAAUCUGUCCAUACGAAGUGUGCACUGUACCUAAAAACGUGUUAAUCAAAAGAGAGAGCGAAACGGAAGCACAAAAAAAAAAUAAUUAAUUGAAAACGUAAAUGUUCCGAGACUAGGUAUGUCCACACCUGUUUCGUGCCGUGUUAUAUAAUAUAUAAAUUCAUGCACAUGAGAUAUACCACGUAAAAUCGACCCAACCAAAACCCUGGCCCCUUCUUAUAAUUUUUCAUGUUCUGAAGAUCUUCGUUCGAUGUUGUUAUUCGGCUUGCAGGUGAUGAGUUAUCCGUUGAGUUUAUCGAACGAAAGUUUACAAAAUAUCUCGACUCUACCGCGAGCACGAUGUAGCGGUCGGAGAAGGUCAGGGGUUGUUUCUUCUCGGGUCGAUUUCGCGUGGAAUUCGCCAUGUGUAUAUUACACCAUAAGUCCGUGACACGUACAUUAUAUAAUUAUACAUAUAUACAUAUACUGUACCGAAUAUUCGAGAAAAAAAAAAAAACAAUUGUU